AUGCUCGGAGGCAUUGGCGCCAUCACCGUGAUUGACUCCUUCAAGGUGCUUGACCAGGACCUAAAUGCCAAUUUUUUCAUCGACAAAACGCAGGUUGGGCAGCCAAAAGUGCUUGCUGCCGAGGCCAGAAUCAGAGAUCUGAACCCUCGAGUGAAUUUGACCGUGAGCACUGACGACUGGCAGGAAAAACCAGAGGACUUUUUCCUGUCUUACAACUUGGUCGUAGCCACAGGGCUCGAUAGAACACAACUCACAAGACUUAAUGCCAUCACAAGAAAACUCAAAAUCCCGUUCUACGCAACAGGCACACACGGUCUUUACGGCUACAUUUUUGUCGACCUAAUUGAGCAUGAGUCCUCUGUGAAAUACGAGAAAAAUCCGACUCCCAAGAAGGUGGGUCCGCUCAGUCCGACCUCGGAGAUUGUGAGUAUCACCGAGAUCGUGGAGAACGACGUCGAGUUGCAAAACUGCAUUGUCAAAACCAAGUUCGUUCCGCUGUCUGACAUAUUCAUCAACAGCAAUGAUAAGCUUAAGUAUUAUUUUCCCACUCCACGAAAACUCAAAAAAAUAAGCCCCGUGCUGCCCAUUCUGCUUGCAUUGCUAGAGAUACCCUCGCAGAUAGGCAGGCCGAUUGAAGAUGUCGCUAUCGAUGCGAAAGAGCUUGGCUCGAAGGUGGCGGAGGUUGCGAGCCGUUUGAAGCUACCUGAAGAAACAGUGAGACCCGAGCUUGUGGAAAAGCUGGCGCAGCAGGCGUUCUGCGAGUUCCAGCCCGGAGCUCCCGCUCAAUAA